AGAAGAAAAACUCACCUCAGUGAAAAACUGCGCCUUGAAAACGGAUCACGGUCUCCCCCCCGGAACAAAGAGGGUUUUAAUCCAAGAAAUAAACGGGGUAACAGCCUUUCCUUCUGUCGUUAGGAUCCCCGCUAGUCCUCUUGCGCUGUGCCUUGAUGAUAUACUCAGUUACCAGUGAAGUUCCACCACUAGGACAGACCCUAAUGCAGUCAAUAUGGCCGUCCGACCGUGUGCGCGAGGCGUGGUUCAUCUAGCAGAGCUGGAGGGGGAGACCGCGCGCCACGAAAAAGAGUAACCGCAUCUUUGCCGUCUCAGUAACACGCAGCCAACGCAAGAAAGAAAUUAUGUCUCUAGUCUACCAGGUGAAGCUGAAGCAUAGUGAUGACAUAAGCUCUGAAAACAAGGUUACCGUCAGUUUCAUCAAUCGCGAUGGAGAAAAGGUGACAGUGAAAGGUUCCCCCGGUGACAGUCUCCUCGAUGUCGUCAUCGACCAGAACCUGGACAUCGACGGGUUCGGUGCCUGCGAGGGGACUCUGGCCUGCUCUACCUGCCACCUGAUCUUUGAGGAGGAUGUCUACAAGCAGCUAGGACCAAUCACAGAUGAGGAGAUGGACAUGCUGGACCUGGCCUACGGGCUGAGCGACACGUCCCGCCUGGGUUGCCAGGUCUGCCUGACCAAAUCCCUGGAGGGCAUGACCGUGCGCGUCCCAGAAAGCGUGUCGGACAUGAGGCAGUCCGAUUUUGGCACCACUAGUUCCUCCUCCUAGGCCCUGCCCCCACAACACCUCGCCCGGCCCUAGAGCCUAGAUUUGCACUGUAAUUAAUAUGAAUAUGUAUUUAGCUUUCUCUAAAUCAUUUAAUCACUCAGGGAUGCUUGGUUCUGAGGCAUCCCCCCCCUCUUCUCUGGGGCAUCAAGAUGGACAGACUUCUUAUUAUGGGAUGUAGACUGGGCGGAGGGAAAUAAGCCUUCCAUGCCUAAAUCGACUUUGAGUGACAAUGAUCAUCUCUCGUCGGUGCCACUUUUAGACCACUAAUGCAACCCUAUACAAUGUUUUAAUGUGAUUGUACAUAGCACGGAUGUGUAUAGCUGGAAUCAUAUCUACAAUAAACUAACCUGCCUUUAUAAAGGCC